GCCAUUAAGGUUUGCUGGAUUAGCUGUUUGCUGCUGCUGUUUGGUUUGUGUUAGUUUCUAAUUUCAACUGAAACAAGGUGAGUGCUUUUUUGUCAUGGCUACUGCUGGGUUUUUCUCUUGUUCAGAGUGUGGCAUGUUUAGUUUAGACCCCUUCUCCACCGAUAGUCAUAAUGAUAGUGGUGUUUGUUCAAAGUGCAAGCUAGUUAACUGCCUGGUAGAGAAGGUGGACAAGUUAGAGCUGCGUAUCCGGGGUUUAAUAAGGGAUAGACAGCAAGGGUCACUGUUAGCAGCCCCGGGUACACCAGGGAGAGCUAGUACCCCCUCGACUCCGGCCUUAGAGCCCCCACAGCAGGGCGAAUGGGUAACGUCUCGGCGGCAUAGUCGAAAGGCUAAGGCUAAUGCUACUGCAAAGGCCACAGCCAGCCCACCUGUACACCAUGCUCCCCCAGUUCACGUGUCAAACAGGUUUGCCCCGCUCAGUGAAGCACCCGCUGAGGAGCCUGUUAAAGGUACUCUGGUGAUAGGAGAUUCUAUCGUCCGGCACGUGAAAUUAGCUACUCCUUUAGGGGCACCAGCGGCUAGAGUUAUCUGCUUACCGGGAGCCAGAGCACCGGACAUUAGUGGCAACCUUAGGCUGUUAGCAAAUAGGAGAUAUUCGAGGGUAGUUAUUCAUGUAGGGGCCAAUGAUAUUCGUCUGCGGCAGUCUGAAGUAACUAAGGCUAAUAUUAAAGAGGUGGUUAAACAGGCCCAGACGCUGUCCGAAGAGGUAAUCUGUUCUGGCCCCAUCCCAAUGAGGCGUGGCGAUGAAGCUUACAGCAGGCUUUCUUCGCUGAACCGCUGGAUGUCCAAGUGGUGUACGGACAAUCAUGUGGGCUUUAUAGACAACUGGCUAAUGUUUGAGGGCAAGCCUGGUCUUUUAGGUAGGGAUGGUGUCCACCCCACGCGGGAUGGUGCUGCCUUACUUUCGUGCAGCAUAUCCCAGUAG